ACCCCGGGAGCCUGGGAUUCUGAGCAGCCCGAGGGUUUCAGAGAAACUGAAACUGGGCUCUGGGGGUGGAGUGGUCACCAGAGGUUUAAACACUUUGCUUCCUGCAGCCGGGGCUGGGAACUUGGAAGCUGCAGCUAGCAAGAGGACCCCCUGGGUCUCUCGUUCACUAGGCCUACCCAUCAGGAACCAGGCCAUGCACCUGUGCCGUGGGGCACCCCCCUCCAAGGAAGGGAAACUUCUGCUGGUGAUGGACCCCAGGGAGGUGGACAGACAGCUGAAGCGGAGACAGAAGAACCGGGUGGCAGCCCAGCGGAGCCGGCAGAAGCAUAUGGAUAAGGCGGAUGAGCUGCACCAGGAACACGAGUGGCUGGAGAGGGACAACCUGGCCCUUCGGAAGGAGAUCUGGUCACUGCAGGCCGAGGUGAAGCGCUGGCUCCGGGCCUUGGAGGAUCAUCAGCAUGUCUGCCUCCUGGCUAUGCUUCCUGCCUCUGCCCAGCCUCAUCCUGACUGCUGGAGCCAGACCGAGACUGCCCAGGCCAAACAGCGAGCCCUUCUUUCGACCCAGACCUUUCCCCUGCCUCUGCAGGCCUCUGCCUCCCCUUCUGCUCAGCCUCCUCCUCCAUCUUCUCCGAUGCAGGCCCCCGAUCCCCCCAGCCUGUUCUCAACUCACUCCCUCUCCUCCCCUCUGACACCUUUCUUGGUCACCUCCUCUCUAUCAAGGUCUCCCUCUGGGGCUGCCUUGACUCAGACCCAGGGGCCUUCCAGUCUCCUGGCCUCUUCCUCCGGUCUCAGCCCUCGCCUCCCAGCUCCCCCACAGGAGUCUGCCUGUCUGCUGCCCCUUAGGGCCAGAAACCUGAGAGAGGACAAGACAGAAGACGAGUUGGGUGGUCCUUCAGCCACCCCCCACCACUAGGGGAGCGGGCAGAGCUGGGCCUGUGUCCUGUCCUCUGUCCAGUUUUGACUUGUCCUCCGUUCUCUUUCCCUAGCAUGUCACACUAAAGCUCUGACCUCCUUCCCUGGCCUCUGAGGCUGCGUCACCCUGGCCCCAGCCCUCACUAGCCACCUUCCUUCCCCUAUUCUGGUUCCUUUGUCAGCAGAACCCUGACCCAGAGAAAGACAAAGCUGCCCGAGACCGAGGAAGGUCAGUGUCGUCAGCUCCCCGUCCAGGGCCCGGCCAGCCCGCCCUGGGACAGAACACGAGCAGCCCAGGUCAUCUCCUGCAUGGACGCCCCCUCCUUGGCUCUGGGGCCAGAAUUCCUGCUGCCUGUGGGCCUGGCAGCAUUUAGGGGCGAGCUGGGGAGGCUUACCAGGAUGUUUAUCGGAUGUUUAUUCCACUGCACCUCCCCCCACUUUUGGCUUUGAAGGCCUAGGAGAACCUGCUAGCGGCAGGGUGGGGGUCUGAUUGCUGCCGGCUGUCCAGCCAGCUCCCUAGAGGAAUGGGCCUGCUUCAGAAAGUCUGCUGAUGGACACUCCCAGCCCUGCUGGCCAUCAACCGAAGCAGCCUAGCUUUUCUUUCCCCUCCUUGUGUCACUGAAGGAAAACUGUCCUCUUCUGGGCCUCAGUUUCUCAAAGUGUAAAAUGGAGGUGGGCCCAGAGGCCACCUAUGGUCCAUCCUCUGUGACUCCCCCAUUCCAUGAUUCUCUGAAUCUUCUCACUGCCCCUAACUUUGCUGUCUGAUGCCGGACAAGGAGGAAACACGGUGGAAAGAGGCUGAGUCAGGAGACCAGGGAUCUGGCUGGAUACAGAGGCAGGAAGCACUCUGGAAGGCACUGAGUUCUUUAGACUGGAGCCUAGAGUGCCUCAGUCCUGCUUUUCUGCUUUCUAGUUGGAUCAACCAGCAUUUAUGAAGCACCCACUGUGCGCCAGGCAUAGUGCUAAGUGUCGGCAUGCAAGGAACGGAGUAAACGGCCUCUACCCUCAGGGAGCGCCCAGUCUGAUGGGGCAGACAACAGUGAAACAACUGAUAUCAAGAUAUUAGAGGUCCAGCUGGAGAUGAGCAUUGGAGCAAAGGCAUUAGGAGGAGGAGGGCUUGGGAAAGGAGCUGGGAAGUUGGGGGUUGGAGCAGAGGAGGAGAGGGUUCCAGGCCUGGGGGCAGCCAGAAGAGAGAAGCCCAGAGCUUGUUUGGGGAGUGGCUGGAGGCCAGGCGAGUUGGGGAGUUAGGAGUAAGAAGACUGGAAAGGUGCUGAAAGGCUUUGAGUGCCAAGCACAGGGUUUUGUGUUAGAUUUUGGGAGCCAGUGCAGUUUCCUGAACGGGAGAGUGGAUGAUGGGAGCGGAGCUUUAGGCAGCUCCAUUUGAUGGCCAAGUGACAGUCUAGAGGCAGGAGAACUCAUCACCGGGCAGGUAAAAUUGACAGGCCUUGGCAGCUCAUUGGGUCUGGGGUUGGGAGGGAGUGUUGAGUGGAGGAUGAGUCCCAGGUGGGGAGCCUGAAGGACUAGGAGGAUGGGGGCACCUUGGACGGUCACAGAGAAGUUCCUAAGAGCGUUGGAGGAGAGAGCGGGUGUGCCAUUUUGGACGUUGGCUGGAAACGUAGAUUUGGGCCUCAACGCACAGAGGUGAUAACUGGAUCCAUGGCAGCUGAUGUGAUCACCCAGAGAAAAGGUGCAGAGGGAGAAGAGGACCCAAGGCUCAGGCCACGUGUCCCUUCGGAUGCUCCAGGGCUCUCCGGGGGGGGGGGGUGGAAGCAGGCAGGGAGGGCUCUGCCUUCUGCGCUCUCCCCUUCCCUGCCUACAGGGAGUCCUGGAGCUCCUACCUCCUGGAGCCCACCUGGGCUGACCGAGGAGGAAGAAGUGGAAGAGAAGAGGAAAAGUCGCUCUGCUCCCAGUCAGUGUGUGUGGAGAGGCUGGCCCUGCCACCUAAGGAGGCAAGCCUCAGAACUGUUUCUCUCCAUCACAGCACUGCCCGUGUCUGCCUCCUGAGACUGGAGAUGCCCCCCCGCCCAACCCCCGCCCAGGCCAUCGAGGUUGCCAAGCUGGGCUGAGGCCAAGCCCAGAGAGGAGCAGAACCAGGCCCUGAAGGCAGGGCCUCAGGCAGGACUCUAUCUGCACCAGAGAGCCACAGCAAACACCUGCUGCCUCAGUUUCCCUAGUGGCGUAGAUGAAUACUAUCUGGUUACAGUCUAAGGUGUCUGGCUCCUCUGCUGGGAGCCUAGGGGGUCAUACAAAAUAAAUGGGAGCUUCCUCAGUGG